CUGUAUGAAAGGCAUCUGCUGUUUACUUAUUUUUUCUUUGGUAGCCACUUAAAGCUUUGCUCUGUAUGAAGCAGAUUCAAAGGUCGUCAAAUUGACAAAGGACAAUUUCAAGACAUUAGUACUCGAAUCCAAUGAACCAUGGUUGGUUGAAUUCUAUGCACCUUGGUGUGGACAUUGCAAAGCUUUGGCUCCAGAAUACAAUAAGGCAGCAAAAGCUUUGGAUGGAAUAGUACAUAUCGGAGCCUUGGAUAUGACUACAGACGGGGAAGCUGGAUAACCAUAUGGUGUUAAUGGAUAUCCAACAAUCAAAUAUUUCGGAGUAAACAAAGGUGACCCAAUAGCUUACGAAGGCGAAAGAAAGAGGAAUGCGAUAGUUGAUUACCUUUUGGAUAAAGCAAGAGAAUUUGCAUUAAAUAGAUUGGGUGUGGAGAUCAAACCAGAACCUUCAAAUGAUGAUACAAAAGUGGUUGUUUUGACAGAUGCCAACUUCGAUGAAUAAGUGCUCUCUAGUUAGGAAGCCUGGUUCGUUGAAUUCUAUGCUCCUUGGUGUGGUCAUUGUAAAUAACUAUAACCUGAAUGGAAUAAGCUAUCUCAUCAAGCAGAUAUCCCAAUAGCCAAAGUUGAUGCAACUGCCUAAACUGAAUUGGCAAAGAGAUUCAACAUUGAAUCUUAUCCAACCAUUUAUUUCUUCCCAGCUGGAAACAAACAAAACACACAUAAAAAGUAUGAAGGAGAAAGAAAUGCUGCUGCCCUUUUGAAAUAUAUCAAAGAAUAGAAACCAGUUGAUGGAUAAUCACAAAAGGCUGGCUCUGAUGUAGUUAACAUCAAAUCAGAUGAAAGUUUAAAUGAAGUUUGCAAAUGUAUCAAUAUUCUCAAUUAUAAAAGAACUUUGUGUCUUAGGAUUCUUACCAACUGAUAAAGUCGAAUAGGAAGAUGCUGUUCAAGUCUUAAAGAAGGUAUUAUCAUUCCUCUAUACUUUUAGACUGCCUUAUCCCUCACAGGAAGAGCCAAUGUUGGUUGGUUCGUUGGUGAACAAUUCGAUGAUUUCGAAGCUGAACUUAAUGUAAUUGGUGAAGGGUAAAAUUCCUCUUUAAAUUGUUUAGAUAUCCCUAAGUUGUUGUCUUAGAUUUGAGUGCUAAAAAACAUUAUAGAUUUAGAAGACAAUUGACUGUUGAUAAUUUGAAUGAAUUUGUUAAGGGAGUCAUCAAGAAAACUGAAACUGGACAAUCAUUCUCUAAUUUACCUAAAUUGAAUGCUCAAAAAACAGAUCUGUGAUGUAUAUUAUUAAGUCAAGAUAUAUUGUCAUUCUUA